AUGAUGCAGCGUCCCCAUUACGAUGCUCAGGGCCAGGUGCCGCAGUACAACAGAGCAUCCUACAACGAUGGCGGCUACAACAUGAGCCGCCACAUGGAUGGCAUACCGCCACACGCCUACAAUCAGCCCCCGGUCAACUACUACCAGCCGCCGCAGGUCUAUCCGAUGGGUAACCCCAUGUACAACGUUCCGCAGGGGUACCCGCCGGCGAUGCCCGGAUACCGUGGUGGUCGCGGCCGCGGUGGCUGGUACUAUCCGAGUGCCGGUAGUGGCGGCUACAACAACAUGCGGGGCGGCUUCCGUGGCGGCCGCGGCGGCUUUCCGCUACGCCGCAAGAAGCCUUUUGUCGGCGGCACGCUCGAGACCCAGCGUGAGUGGGAACGCCAGACCGCCUGCUGCUUCAACCUUCAGGGCUCGUGCAAGUUCGGCGACGGAUGCCGCUUUCUGCACGACGAUGUAAAGGGUCGCGCGUGCCAGUUUGGCGCCAAGUGCCGUGUGCACGGCACCGCCAAGGACGCCGAGGCUGAGGCGCCGGCGAAGGAGGACGCACCGAAGAAGAACGAGAAGCCGGACGAGUCAACGCCGAAGAAGUCUGAGGAUCAGACGGUCGCGAAGAAGGAGGAGAAGUCCGUCGAGAAGGCGCCUGAGAAGCCGGUGGCAGACGAGGAAGCUGAGGAUGCGGAGAAGAAAGAGUAG